AAUUUCCCUCUCUAUCUCUUUAUCUCUAUCUAUUUAACAUGGAGAUGGGUGGGAAGAAUUUGAAAUGUCUUGCAAUUAUUGCUUUCAUUUGUGUUUUUGUUUGGUCUUUUAGUUUGCAAAAUUCCCAUGCUAGAGAAGGCAAGCAUUGGGCACAUAGACAAACUGGAGGUUACCGCCACCGGCAUGUUCAUCGUCACCGUGGCAGUAGCGGCUCGUCGAGGUUGAAAGGCAAUGGUCAUGUUGGAAGUGAGGAUGUUGUAGGAACCUCAUUAGCAAGUGAAGGUAGUGAUAGUAAAAGUGGUUCAGGCAAUUUCAAUGUGUUGGACUUUGGAGCUAAAGGAGAUGGAAAGGCAGAUGACACUAAGGCAUUUCAGUCAGCUUGGCAAUCAGCUUGCAAUGCAGAGGGAUCAACUGUGGAGGUUCCCUCAGGUUCCGAAUUCCUCGUCGGCCCGAUUUCGUUCUCUGGUCCUAAUUGUCAACCAAACAUUGUGUUUCAGUUGGAUGGCAAAAUCAUUGCUCCUACAAGCCCUAGUGUUUGGGGUUCAAGUCUCUUACAAUGGAUAGAAUUCACUAAACUUAAAGGGAUUACAGUGAAAGGUACAGGCACAAUUGAUGGACAAGGCUCGGUUUGGUGGAAUGACUCACCCACAUACGAUCCUACCGAUGAAAAUUUGGACAAGGAAAGCAGUAGCGGAAAACUUCCAAGCACCAAACCAACUGCACUUAGGUUCUAUGGAAGUGAUGGAGUAAUAGUCUCUGGAAUAACCAUCCAAAACAGCCAACAGGCUCACCUGAAAUUUGAUAGUUGCACAUCAGUUCAAGUUUCUUCAUUAACCAUUUCAUCCCCAGGUGACAGCCCAAACACAGAUGGAAUUCACUUGCAGAACUCUCAGAAUGUGAUCAUUUCACACAGCAAUCUAGCUUGUGGAGAUGAUUGUAUAUCCAUACAAACUGGAAGCUCAUCUGUAUACAUACACGAUGUCAACUGUGGACCAGGCCACGGAAUUAGCAUAGGAGGACUAGGACGUGAUCAAACAAAAGCAUGUGUAUCCAAUGUCACAGUCCGUGAUGUCAAACUGCAGAAUACAAUGACUGGGGUCAGAAUAAAAACAUGGCAGGGGGGUUCAGGGUCAGUACAGGGAAUACUGUUUUCAAAUGUUCAAGUUUCAGACGUUCGAACUCCAAUAAUAAUCGACCAAUACUACUGCGAUGGGGGUAGAUGCCAUAAUGGAUCUUCUGCAGUAGCAAUUUCAGGAGUAAGCUAUGUAAACAUUAAAGGAACAUACACUUCAACGCCAGUCCAUUUCGCCUGCAGUGAUAGCCUUCCAUGCACAGGUGUGACAUUAGACACCAUUCAGCUUGAGGGAAGCGGCCGCUCGAACGAACCAUUCUGUUGGAAGGCAUAUGGUGAACUGAAAACCUCCACCAUCCCUCCCGUUGACUGCUUGCAGUCUGGCAAUCCAAUGAAAGCUCAGGCUCACGAUUCUUGCUAAGCUUCACAGAUAAAUAUUAAUUAUAUUACAGAAAAGAAAAAAAAUCACGUCGUCUACUGCUUAGAAAGAGAAGUGUUAUAUGCUACAAAAAGAGGUUCUAUAGAUAGAUAUAUGCAGCCAUUGAUGGAGAGUUGGGAAGAAAUUACAUGGUGGAUUGCUUAGAAUUAGAAGUGUUAUAUGUUACAAAAAGGGUUUUAUAGAUGGAGAUGUGCAGUCACUGAUGGAGAGUUCGGAGAAAAAUGUACAUGGUAGACUGCUUAGAAAUAGAAGUGUUAUUUGCUUAAAAACCUAUAUAUGACAUUGUUGCUACAGCAAUGGCCCUUGCUCAGAA